AUGGAGCACCAAUUAGAAGAUGAUAACAAUCCACUACAAAUUCCACCACCAGCUCAUGUAGAGGAGCAGUUUGAUGAAGUGGCGCCAAGACCAGCAAACGGAAUCCUAAGGGAUUAUGCUAGACCUAAUCGCUUUAACUGUGAAUCUAGUGUCAGGAAACCUCCAGUAGCAGCCAAUAACUUGGAAAUCAGGACAGGCCUGAUUCAAACAAUUCAACAAUCUUGCAUUUUCACUGGUGAUCUAAGUGAAGAUCCACAUAGUCAUUUAAUUGACUUUUUAGAAUUAGUUGAAACUGCAAAGUAUAAUGGAGUACCUCCUGAAGUAAUUAAGUUAAUGCUAUUUCCUUUUUCUUUAAAAGGAGAGGCCAAAACUUGGUUACGAAGUUUGCCGCAAGGGUCUAUUACCACAUGGGACCAAAUGACUCAGAAAUUUUUAAAUAAAUAUUUUUCCCUUGCUAAAACAACAAAGUUAAGACAGGAUAUAUCUAACUUCUUGCAGACUGACACUGAUUCAGUUUAUCAAGCUUGGAAAAGAUUGAAAACAAUGUUAAGGAAAUGUCCACAUCAUGACAUUCCUGAACAUAUGCAGUUGUACAUUUUUUAUCAUGGUUUGAAACCAUCUUCUAGAAAUGUAAUAGAUGCAGCUGCAGGAGGUUCCAUAAUGGGAAAAACCACAGAAGAAGCAUUGCAAGUGCUUAAUGAAAUUUCUGAUAAUGCCAUACAGUGGCCAUCUGAGCGUGUAAUCAUUAAGAAAGCUACUACAGUAAAUCAGGUGGACACUUUAAAUACACUAACACAACAGAUUGUCUCUUUGGCACAAAAAUUUGAAUCUUUUCAGGUAAAUACACAACAACCAAGCCAGUCUGAGGCUUGUGACUUGUGUGGAGGAAUCCAUCUAAACCACGAAUGUCAAGCAACCAAUCAAAAUGAUGAACAUGUCAAUGUCAUCGGAUACAAGUCGUAUCCUUUUGGAAGUCCACUAGCACAAAAACAUCCACGAUUUCAAUGGAGCAAUGCAAAUGGUGCUGAAAACUCUCAAAACUACCAAAAACAACAGGUACAGAGUCCACCCGGAUAUCAAAAUCAAAAUCGUGGACAACAAAAUUUCAGGCCUUAUCAGCAAGCAACUCCAUAUCAGCAAAAGCCUCAACAAGGCCAUCCAAGCCUUGAUGACCUUUUGUACAAGUACAUUAAGGUUACUGAUGAAAAAAUGGAAAGCCAAAAUUCAGCUCUAAAAAAUCUUGAAAUUCAGUUAAGCCAAUUGGCAACUCUUAUGUCUGAAAAGAUUCAAGGUCCUUUACCGAGCAAUACAGAGAAAAAUCCAAAAGAACACCUUAAGGCCAUUGCCUUACGGUCAGAUACGACUCUUGAUGAACCCUAUGCAAACAGAGAAGAAAAGAAUCAAUCAGAACAACAGGUAGACAAGGGCGAAAAUGUUGAGACACCCUCUCAACCAUCAAAAGAGAAAACAGCCAAGAAAAAAGAAGAAAAACAUAAUAAAAAUUUGACUUCUUUCCCUGUUACAAUUCCUUUCCCACAAAAGAUGAAAAGAGAAAAGCUUGAUAAUCAAUUUGCAAAGUUUUUGGUUAAAACAAAUUCACAAUAA